AUGGAGUUCGGUCGGCUCCAUGAACUUAUAAAUGACAAGUCUCCAUCUAAACUGGAAAACGGCGUAAAAGCCGGGCUCGAAGUUCUCUCGAAAAUCGAUAAAGCUUUCGAGAAUGCAAGAUCUGUUCCUGAGAUUGCGGAAUGGGUCAACACUACGGAAAAACUUCGAUCACAGACUGCUUAUAAACGUGCUGUUGUUGGCGUUGUUGGAAGUACUGGGGCUGGGAAAAGCUCCGUUAUCAACGCCGUUCUGGACGAGGAAUGCCUCGUGCCCACCAAUUCGAUGAGGGCUUGCACAGCCGCCAUCACGGAGAUUGCCUACAACACUUCCCCUGAAGAGGAACAGAAGUACCGCGCAGAGAUCCAUUUCGUUACGAAGGAAGACUGGAUCAAGGAACUGCGAGUAAUGUUCGCGGACAUGACAGCCGAUCAAGACUCACUCGGCUCAGAGCAUACGAUCGGUGAGAGCGAGGCCGCAAUUUCCUACCAUAAAAUUCGAGUAGUGUAUCCGUACCUGAAGAGCGAGGAGGUGAAAAGAGGCGCUUUCGACAUUGACCAACUCGUGGAAGAGCCGACAGUCAAAAGCCUGCUUGGCACCGUCAAGCAGAUUGCUAGUUCAGGCUCCAAGAGUUUCCUGGAGCUUCUCAAGACAUAUAUCGAUUCCAAGGAGAAAACUCCUGGGAGGAAGAAGGGAGCUGGGGCCAUGGAAUUCUGGCCCUUAAUCAAGGUGGUUAAGGUUUUUAUACGGUCACCGAUCCUUGAGUCCGGCCUUGUUCUGGUGGAUCUCCCCGGAGUUCAUGACUCCAAUGCCGCCCGAUCUGCAGUGGCCUCCAAAUACAUUGAACAAUGCUCGGGGUUGUGGGUCGUCGCACCUAUCACCAGAGCGGUUGACGACAAGGUUGCCCGGAACCUUCUUGGAGAUUCUUUCAAGCGUCAAUUACAACUCGAUGGCACCUAUUCAAAUAUUGCGGUCGUUUGCUCAAAGGCUGACGACAUAUCAGUCACUGAAAUUCUCAAGACUCUUGACGAAGGUGAAGAGGCUACGAAGCUGAAUGCCCGAGCCCAGAUCCUUGAGCCUGAACGCGAGACGCUUCAGGAUGCGGUCGACACACUGAAAGGGAGGCUGUUAGAAGUGAACGACGAGAUCGAGCAACUUCGAACAGAGAUUGACACGCUUCGCGCAGCCAUCGACUGCUCAGAUGAUGAGGAUGAACUCAUCAUCUUUUCGCCCGCGAACUCUCGCAAGCGCCUUUCCCGCAAAGCUGCUUUUGGGAGCCGCAAGCAGGAAUCCAGUUCUUCGGACGCCAAGCCGGAGAAAGAACAGAUUUCGAGGGAGGACGCUAGACAACGUCUUCGGGAGGUCGAAGCUCGGUACAACGCAUUGCGCGAAGACUCAAAGGAGCUUCGACGGCAGGUUUCUCCGAAACAUAAGGAUCUCAAAGCGGUGAAGGCAGAGAUAAAGUCGCUCAAAUCGGAGACGAGACAGGCUUGCAUCAAGUACCGCAACGACUUCUCUCGGCCUGUCAUCCAGGCACAGUUUGCCGAGGGAAUCAGAGAAAUCGACCAGGAGAACGCAGCUCAUGACGAAGAUGGCUUUGACCCUAGUCGUCCCUGCCGGGUUUAUAGUGAGGUGGCAAAGAAACUUCCGGUCUUCUGCGUGUCAAGCAGGGCGUACCAGAAGAUCUCCGGUAGACUCCUGAACGACGAACGGGUUGCAGGCUUCGAUCGUCUGGAGGACACUGAAAUACCUUCUUUGCAGAGAUACGCGUUGGGAAUUGCCCAGGAGACCCGGGCAGUAGCUUGCCGUCGAUUCCUUGGCGAUCAUAGCCAGUUCCUGACCUCCCUUUAUCUCCAAGUUGUUCAAUCCGACCAGCCACUGAAGCUUGCCGACGGCAUAAGAGAGAAAGAAGUCCAGUCCCUCGAAAAAGCCACGGCUAAGCUCAAGCAGGAGCUCGAGUCGGCGGCUAAGCAGGCUCACGAUCAAUGCCGAGAGAUCGUCGAGUUGGAAAUCUUUCGAAGACUCACGUCGGCGGCUACACUAGCCUCGGAGGCCGCUGUUUCAACUGUCAAUUCUUGGAUUUGUCCCAAGGACGACGGGGGUUUGGCAUAUCAAACUUUCCGCGCGACCUGCGCCAGAGACGGAGUCUUCAAAGGCAAGAGGGGACCGAUGAACUUCAACACUGCCCUCGCCGACCCAAUGACAAAGCGUUUGGCAUAUUCAUGGGAACAUGUUUUUUCCAGUGCUCUUCCCCAACGCCUGACUAUUUUGGGUGACGAGCUCGCCAAGAUCCUGAGAUCCUUCCGCGUGAAGAUGGCCAAGCGCCCAGAGCUCAGGAAAGCGCCGUCCUUCGCCCUGGCAACACGGCAAGUCAAGAACUUGGAGCGGGGGCUCAAAGACAUGACGGAGUUCGAAGCCAUCAUCGGCGCCGGUCAGAAAGAAGCCAAUAGGCUUUUUGUUCCUACCGUUGCCGAGUGGAUGGCGGGCGCCUACACGUAUUGUGUUGAUGAGCACGGUAAGGGUUGCUACAAGCGCAUCAAAACUCAUGUGGUCGAGCAUGUUGAAAGCGUUCGACAUGCCAUGUUCGAGGCUGUCACGGAAAAGGUGCAAAGGGCUCUGAAGGGCAUCCUCGACGACCUCGAAUCGGAGAUUCAGAACGCUAUCCGCAAAAUUGUGGAUCUGGUCAACAGGGACUACAGCUCCCUAUUGGCAAAUCAAAACAUCUUCAAGGCCUUGGAGACGGCCCGCGAUAAGAUCUGGGAUCUGCUCAACGAGGUUGAUGAGCGCUUCGAGCUUGUCUUGCACCCCGCUGUUCGGCCUGCGACCCCCAGCGGAUCUGAUGACUUGACUAUCAUGGAUGUCGAAGCCGAAGGAUCGGUUACCGUGGCCAGGUCCGAAGCAACUCUUGGUGCCCCAGUCGUCCCUACCAGUGACAAGGACGUAUGCUCUUCUGCAAUGGACGUCAAGGACAACGUGCGGAUCAAGAGGGAGCCGUCAUUCGCGGCCGCUUCUGGAGAGGAUGCCAUGAUGGAAGGCGUCUGA